UUCGAUUCGACCCCACCUCCAAAAAGUGAAGAAGUGACGAGUUAACUAUCAUCAGUUCCUCAACCACACUUCACUCACACUUAUGGCCUCUCCUCUGCUUCUCAAAGGCAUCCCGCUGCUGCGGAUCCGGUUGCAACGGUACAACUGUCUCUUCGCCGGAACCGUUUCGUCUCCGCGGCGACCUUUUUGUGCCGCUUCAGACACGACUGGGCAUAAAGAGGAGGUAUCAUCUGCGGAGAAAAGCGGUUCGGUGCUAACUGUGAGAGAUCCACCGAAGUACCAUAGGUGGGAUGAUCCUGAUUACAGGAAAUGGAAGGAUAAGGAGGAAGAGAUUCUUCGAGACAUCGAGCCUAUCAUUUCUCUAGUUAAAGAGAUUCUUCACUCCAAUAGGUAUAAGGAUGGGGAACGUUUAAUUGUUUCGGAUGAGGAAACUGUGCUAGAGAAACUUCUUCGUCAUCAUCCACAUUCUGAAGAUAAAAUUGGGUGUGGACUUGAUUCUAUUAUGGUUGAUCGACAUCCUCAGUUUAGUCGCUCAAGGUGUCUCUUUGUUGUUAGAACUGAUGGUGGAUGGAUAGAUUUCUCAUACCAGAAGUGUCUCCGAGCGUACAUUCGAGAUAAAUACCCAUCUCAUGCAGAAAGAUUUAUUAGAGAACAUUUUAAACGCGGUAGUGGUUAAAAUGUGGAAACAUAAUGUUAGUAGCAGUGUUAAGAGUAUGAUUUUGGUGUCACUGUUGAUGUUUUAAAUAUAUCCUUUGGUUAGAGAGAUUGUCAAUUUGUAUCAGAGACCUAUAUAUAGCCUUGAUUUCUGGGUUUCAAUGUUGUAAAUGACUCUUGACUAAUGCUUCAUGUUUACAAUUUCAAAUGAGGACAGAAAAAUAUUAUUGAAAUGAGCCUCUCACUCUGUCG